AUGGCAACUGCAGACUAUGAUGCCAAUGAACUGCUGCUUGGAGAGAAAAGGAAGCAAGAUCUCCAAGAGCUGCUGGAAAAUGUGGGACUGGACACUGAGUUUUGGUUGCCCAAGUUUCAGGAAUACCUGGGUGUGACCUGUGCACAGGCCUUACAAUAUUUAGAAGAAAAUGAUAUCCAAGUCUUGAAAUCCUUGGUGCAGCAUCCAUGGGAAAAGAAAGCCCUGGAGAAGCUGUUUGAGCUGUCACACUCAAAUAUUUACCUAGACCUACAGGAGUCACCAGUGGAGAUGCUGAACAAAAGGCAGAAGCAAGCAGAACAAACACUUCAGGAGCUAAAACAUAUGUUUUUAGAAGGAAGGCAGAGACAGGAAGAGGCAGUGAAGAGGAAAGAAUCAGAGCUGAGGCAAGCAAUGGAGAUCCCUGAAGAGUACUGGCCACCGCCUGAACAGUCCCUCAGUCAGGUCAUAGAAAACCUGCAGAGAUAUCUCACUCUCAGGACAGUCUUGUACCACAGGAAAAAUCUUUCAGAUAGACAUCUGAUAAGAUGGGCAUCUGGAGGCCUUGCCCUGCAGGGAAUUUACCAAACCAGCCAACAAGGUGACCUGGUGUACAAUAGAGAAGAGCUACUUAGUGUCCCUAAGGAAUUCUCACUUUUGGGAUGUCAGCAGGGCACACGGAUAGAAACAAAGGAAUUUACAUCUUCUCAAGAAGAAUCCAUGUUCACCCAGAGAAUACAGAAGCUGGGUUUCAGUGUAACUGCAUCAGCUAACGGUGGAGGAUGGGGAUUUUGCGUAGAAGGUGGCACAGAUAAAAACAAAGAUUCAGAAUCCAAGGAAACCCAUCAACCACAUUCUGAGCACUCUUAUUUUUGCUCAACCAAGUUCUACUACAUCCCCCUGGCCUGCUGCCACUUUCGCAUUGGUCAGCUCCAGUUCUCCAAGGCUGCUCUUCAGGAACUGAAGUGCAUUGAAGACCUUCUGGGUCACAAUGCAUCUCCCUUGCUGAAGCAAAGGACUGAAUGCUUCUUCCACAGGUUUGGUUCUCAUGCUAACCAAGGGCCUCUGCACCUUGGAGGAAUCUAUUGGUGGAAGGCAAUUUUAGAGGGUUUCCAAAAGGAGCAGCUAGAAGAGGUCAAGCAACAGGCAUCAGAGGCCUUGGAUAUUUACAUAAGGGGCAGCUUCUCUGGCUUUGGAGUUCAACUUGCUGCAAGUAUGACUCUAUCAGACUCACAUUCAACAAAAGCUUCUCAGAACAGAACUCUUCAAAACCAUCAUUCUACUGUCAGAUUAUCUGUGGCCCAGAUUGGUGGCCCACCAGAGGCAGAUGGCAUUGUCCAGUGGAAAACAGGUCUUAUGGCAAGCAAUCAAACCUGGUGUGUCAUUGACAGGGGCCUCCAGUUGGUGGCAGUGUGGGACAUAAUUCUCUCCAGUCACAGAAGUGAUUUUAAGGAUGCUUUGAAACUGGCCAAAUGCAUAAGAGAUAACUACACUGCUCUGACUGGCUUCAGUGCCCAGAUCCAAUAUGGGGAGGAAUUACUGAGUGCUGAGGAGGAAGCUAGACUUUUCCUACGGGAUGUAAAAUCCUGGGAAGUGUCUGACCCUGAAGCACAGCUUAAAAAAUUGAUGAAUCUCAGGCAAAGGUUGUAUCAAAAAACAGCAAGUAAUGACAUUUGGGUUAAUACAUGCCUCACAAAUUCAUAUCUGCAGAAUUUCUUAGUAAACACUGUUAACUUUUGCAAAACUUCUAAUUAUGAAACUAAAUUUAUUAAGUCACAGCUGCUCACACUUCUGGAUCCUCAUGUGUACAACUUGACAAACUUUCCUCAGGUUCGCUCUAUCGUGCAGUGGAUCUCCCAGUCAGAAUCAAAACAAGGUGAAGUCAACAUCUCCCAAUUUUCAGAAUUAAUUAAUCUCUUAAAAAAAGGUCUGAGUGACCUCUUGGAACUGAAGUUCAAAUGUGACUCCCCAGAAAUUGUAGCAGAGGCUCAAACAAAAGUCACUUAUGACGUUAGCUUGGCUCUUACCUGCUAUUUGAAUUGCCUCAGAGAGAUGAAGCACACAGACACACAGCUCCUGUUACUUUCUAUUUUAGCUGGUGUAGGAUAUCACGUGGUUAAUAAUACCUUUCACUGUCUCCUGGAUUGUGAUGAAUUAAAUUUUCUACUGGAGAAAAUGCAAAGUGCCCAAACUAAAUACCAGGAGCUCAAAACUACUUGUAUCAAGAGGGCUCAGGCAUUCCUAGUGCUUACUUGUCUGACAGCCUCAGCUGAAGUCACAGCUGUUUCUCCAGAAGAAAAAACACAGCGUAUGUCAUUGGCCAGAGAAUAUAUUGGCCAAUCCCUGUCCAAAGAAGUUGCACAUGUCCUCCACAAACAUGGAGCAGGUCACAAUUGAGAAAUCCUAGAAAAAGACUUGAGAUUAAUCAUUGAUGGUGAUUAUGAAUAUAUCGGAUCAUCAUUGCCAAUAGACAAGAUCAAAGAACAGUUACAAAGCCACUUUGAUGAAAACAUACAGAUAUAUAAACCCCAUGAUAAAGACAAUCCUAAACAGGAAGUGAUAGAAAAUGGAGCAUUCCAAGAUUUACUCCAGCGCCUAGGUCUAGAACAAUACUUCCCCAAAAGGAUGAGCAGAGAUAACUUUCACAAGAUCUACAAGACUUGUGUCUACAGAAAACAGCCAAGCUCUGAAUGGGAACUCCCUUUCUAUUUCCUACAAAAGCUACUGAUGCUUCAUUAUGGAUUGAGAUAUCUGGUAUUCAAAGAAGAAGAAAACAGUGAACAUUGGGUUUAUCCAAUUGCCUGUGAUCUGGAAAAUGAGGCUUCUGAUCCAUAUGAUGACCUUGUUGGUGAUGGUAACAGUUCUCUUAUCCCUAAAUCCUGGCCUCAUAUUCACCCAAUGGAUAUCCAGAUGGCAGUUUUUCACUGUGCAGAUGUUUUUGCCAAACGGUAUAUUUUGGGCAAACUUUCUAUUUGUCAGUUUGCUGUCCCCCUUUUGGUGCCUAAUCUUUGUACUUCAAAAAUUGAAUUCUCCCUUUGGUGUCUCAAAAAUAUUAGGAGGAGUUGGCAGUGUACAAGAAAAUCACCAUUGAAAGGAAGGUACCAAUUUAAUGACCAGCAGAUGUGUCGUGUACCAUCCUCCAUUGUGUCCUUCAUUAGAGUUGGAAAUGGCCUCUCUGCUUCCAAAUCUCAGAUCAUGAACUGUCUUCUCAGUAAACAAAAACAUGAUGUGUUUUUUCACCGACACUGCAAGGGAAGCAGCAAAGACUGUCUCUUGAUGGAGGGUGUGGUGGAAGUCUACUGGUUCUGUCCUGGGGAAGAAGAUGAAGACAGAUUUGACAACUGUGUGACCUUCACCAAUCUACAUGGAAAUGCAAAGGACCACCCACAGCAGCUUGCUUUCCUGCAGGAGAUUUCUUCUAUCAUUGUGAUCCUCAUCUCCGCCUCUGAUGACAAUGAAGAAAAUAGAAAAACUGUCCGUAAAGUGUGGCAAUCAUCCAGAAUUCUGAUCUGCUUGCUUGAUGACAAAGAAAACAACACAGUCAAUAUUUCUGAGAAAAGAAUAAAAAUUGCUAUAAGGAAUAGAAAUGAGGCAGAUUUAAUAGAGGAGAUUACUACUACAAUCAAACAUUUCCUAGAGCUCUCUGACACUGCUCUCAGCAUGGAAGAUUGUUCUCACACUGCACGUAAGUUAGGAUUCCUUAUUGAUGAAGACCAGAGAGACUGCAAGCAAGCUAAAGACAAAGUAGAUAUGAAGUCCCUCCUGAGUGAAAUGAACUUAUCUCACAUGAAGGAAAAUGUGCUACCACUUCAAGGAGAACUGUGGCAUCUUUGGUGUAAAAAGGACAAAGAACUCUAUCAUCUAAGAGAGAAAGGGAACAAGAGCAUUGAACAACACAAGAGUGAGCUUGAGAAAGAAAAACAAACAAUAAAGCAACAACAGUUGAAAAAAGCCUUUCCCAAUAAUUUACUGUUGUCUUUUCUACAAAUCUUGCAAAAACUCUCAGAAACUCAUGUCAAACUCUACUUUGUGCAGUGGUUGAGUGAUUUUAUGGACUGUCUCACUGCAGAACAGUUGGAAAAUCUGCAGGAGAAACAAAGUUCUUUGUGGUCAAAGAUACAAACAGAAAAGCAAAAUGCACAGAAUAGCAACAACCUGGAUAUCUGGCAAAAUGAACUGGACACUGUCACCACAGAGAUCAGUGACUGUACCUUGGGAGUUGAACAGCUUCUCAGAGAAGUUGGGCAGCUUUAUGAAGCUCUGGAAGAAAAUUCCUCUCCAAAAGACCCCAUUUUUACCUCCCUUCCGGAAAUAGCUGCAGACUUGAUGCUAUCUGGCAUGCCUAUUGAGUUGAUGGAUGGGGAUGCAUCCUAUGUGCCUCUAAAAUGGGUAGCAGCUGUAUUUGACAAGGUCUCGGAGAAACUUCCAGGUAAGAGACUGUUUGUUCUUUCUGUCCUGGGCCUGCAGAGUUCAGGGAAGUCCACCCUGCUGAAUGCCCUUUUUGGGCUACAGUUCAAGGUCAGUCCAGGAAGGUGUACUCGGGGGGCCUAUAUGCAGCUUCUGAAAGUGGAGGAGACCUUUGCAGAGGAACUUGGAUUUGAUUUCCUGUUAGUUGUAGACACAGAAGGACUCAAGGCACCAAGUCAGAAAAACAAAUCUCAGAAUUGGGACAAUGAGUUGGCAAUCUUUGUCAUUGGACUUGGAAACUUGACUCUGAUCAAUAUAUUUGGAGAGAAUCCAUCAGAGAUGCAGGAUAUCCUACAAAUAGCUGUCCAAGCCUUUCUGAGGAUGAAACAAGUGAAAACCUCCCCAAGUUGCCUCUUUGUCCAUCAGAAUGUAGGGGAAGUUACAACAAAAGUGUGCACAAUGCAAGGAAGAAGGCAGCUGCAGCAGAAACUAGACGAAAUGACAGCUAUCGCUGCUGUGCAAGAGCAAUGCUGCAAUGUGUCCUGCUUCAGUGAUGUCAUUAAAUUUGAUGUCAAUACUCAUGUCUACUACUUUUCUCACCUGUGGGAAGGCAAUCCCCCAAUGGCCCCUCCCAACCCUCGCUAUAGUCAUCAAGUCCAAGAACUAAAAAGUAAAAUUCUUUCGAUGGCUAAACAGGAAUCAAGGCGAAGUAUGAAAAUAUCUGAUAUAAACGUCCAAGUGGAAGAUUUAUGGAGAGCCCUGGUCAGUGAGAACUUUAUUUUCAGUUUCAGAAAUACUAGAGAGGUCAUUGCCAUGAGAAAACUGGAAACCAUGUACAACAAGUGGUCCUGGAAGCUGAGGAGUCACGUGCUGCAUUUGCAGAAUCAGCUGAACAACCAGAUUCAGAAUGGAAAAAUAGAGAAACUCGAGAGAAGUUCACUUGAAGAUCCAGUUGCAGAAAAAUAUGAAACUAUUAAGGAAGACCUUGAGAAGUAUUUCAAGGAAGACCAAGAGUGUGAAAUACUGAUUCAGUGGAAAGGGAAUUUUCAAAAUAAGUUAUUAAUCCUUAAAGAGACACUUAUUUCUGAUGCCAAAAAAGAAGCCAAUAAACGUAUUGAUCUUAAGAAAAGUCAAAAAAAGCUGUGUAGGAAAGACGUUUAUGAAAGUGAAAUACUGAAGAGGAGUCGAGAGUUGGCUUUAACUGUAAAAGGGGAAGAAUUGAGUGAGGAGGAGUUACAGAAGAAAUUCAAUCAACUUUGGAGUAAAUGGGUCUAUGAGGUGUCUUCAAGUCUUCCUCCAGCAACAGAACCUAAGAUUGACGUUGAUUCUGAGAACAUUCUUUUAGAGCAUUUCAAACAGAAUAAAAACAUAGGGUGUAAACUAAAAAAAUAUGCUGGAAAGGAAUUUAAGAUCAAUUAUGACAAACAUGUCCAAAUGAGAAAGUGUUAUACAUUUUUUGUAAGUAAGUUAGAGAAAAGUGAUGAGGAGUUAAUUCAUAUGACUACUGACCACAUUAUUUCAACAUUUAAGGAAACUAUCACUGACAUUCAGAAGCAAAAACGUGAUUACAAUGUAAAUGAUUUUCAUGAAAUUCUGAGAAUAAUAGAAGAAGUGACAUCUGCACCCACACACGAAAAGUACUCAUUUACAAGCAAAUAUAAGAUUCAAUUAUCUGUGUGUUUAUUCCAAAAAGCAUCAAAAAGUUUUAAGAAAAUGCAUGAGAUGUUUAAGAGAAAAAAUGAUCCUGUAAACUAUCUGGAAAGUAAAAAAGAUGAUUUCUUCAUGAGUUUCAAGAUCUCUUGCCAAGGAGCAACCUCUGUCAAAUUAUUUGUAGAUUUUUUGUGGGACAGGCUCAUUCCUGCUGUAUCUACCACCAUAUGGGAAAACAUGGCCCUUAAAAUUGCGGGGGACAUGCAAGCUACCUGCCCUGCAUUCAAUGGAAACAGGGCUAAGCUUGAAAAACAUAUUCUCAUCUCUUUGGCAGAGGAAGAAAAUUUUGAUAAUUAUUGGCAAUACAUUCAUAAUCCAAAGUCCUUUUUCAAGAGCUACAUUGAAAACCAUAUUAAAAGAUAUUUUGCAGAAGAAAAAGUUAAAAUAAAAAAGAAAUUUUUAGAUAUAAGUUUAGACAUCAAGAGUGUCAUCCUCUGUGCUAUUCAAAAUUCCACAGAACAGGCCAAAGAUAAAAGCAGCACUGCAUCUGAGUGGUUGGAUUUCUUCUGUGAUCAUCUGGGGAACAAACUGAUCUUUCCACGAGCAGACUUGAGAGGCAUUGAACACCUGGAGAUAAAAGAUAUUGAGUUUCUCAAAGAAGCCAUGACUAAAGCAUUGGGUGAUGCAACGGAAAAACUGGAUGAUAAGUUUUUAAGUAUGCCUAUAGAAAAAAUGGUACCUGUAAUUGAGAAAAUCCUCUCUGAGCAACUCUGUGGCUGCUGGAAACAAUGUUACUUCUGUAAAUCCAUUUGUACCAAUACCAUUCCUACACACGAAGGAGACCAUAGUGUUCCAUUCCACCGUUCUCAGGCUGUCAGUGGAUAUCAUUGGCAUAAAACAGAUGAGUUCUGCAUUGCUUUCUGUACUACUUCAGUGGCAAGUAAUAAUUGGUUUAUUACAUAUGGCCAUCUGAGUUUUCCAUUCAUGACCUACCGGCAAGCAGGUGGGGAUUAUGCCACUUGGAGCAUUACCCCAGAUUCAUCGUCCCAGUCAUAUUGGAAAUGGUUUGUCUCUCACUUUAGAUCAAGGUUAGAAGAAAAAUAUGGGAAAAGAUUUAAAAAUAGAGGGGAAAUCCCUGGUGCAUGGUUUAAAAUCACAAAGGAAGAUGUACUUAAUGACUUGAAAAAAUAACUGCAAAAAAUAAAAAAUAAAUAACACAACACAGAUGGCACUUCUGGUAUUUGAUCAAAAAUACUACAAUUGGAUACCACACUAAAACACAUCCUCCUUAUGACUAGAACCUUCAGAUACACAUUUUUAAAAAUGAAAUAUAAGAAAACAAAUCAGCAAAUGUUUCAGAAUUUCAAGCUAUGGUAUAGAAGAAAUCCUUUUCUGUGUCAGCUCCUUGUGGUUUACAAUCACGUUUCUAAGAUAUGCAAAUCUGUUUAAAAUUAAUUUAAUUCUCUAGUUUUAUACUUAAACUAUGUCCCAAAUCUUUUCUAAAAUAUAUGAUGUCUCAGAGAAAGUCACCUUAAUAGGAAAUUUAUAUUCUAUUUAUUUCUGUUUGUGUUUUUGAGAUAGCAUCUUGCUAUGCAUUUCAGAGGUCCUUGAACUCACUUUGUGCUGAGUGGUCUCAAACUUUCAGUGAUCCUCCUGCCUCAGGCUCCCAAGUGCUGGAAUUAUAGGCAUGUGCCACCAUGUCCAGUUUAACAGGAAAUUUAAAGUCAAUCCAGGCUGCCACAAAUUUUUUAUAGAUUAACCAUAUAGAUAUGUGAACAACAUAUAGAUUAUGGAUUGAAACAAAAAAUUGACUCUAAGGUUUUGAAUGUAUUUCUUUCCCUAUUUCAAGUUGAAAGGAAAAACUAUCAAACCUUCAGUAUAAAGACAUUCCCAGAAGUUUAUCAUUUCUAACCAUAGUAAUGUUUAAGUAUGCUGUGUUCUGGGCAAGAAUUAAUUAGAGAUUUAACCGAGAUAAAGACUUUACCAACACAGGGUAAAUUAUUAAGCAAAGAAGGCAAAUAGCAAAAGAUUAACUACUUUUUAAAAUUUCACCAUCAUUAUUUUCUGCUAUGGCAUCCAGGUGUUGUUCUGUUCACACUGCAUACACACACACACACACACACACACACACACACACAAAUUCACAAAGCUUAUGAAUUCAAAGCCUGGUUUUAUAUACAACUCUGAACAGGAUUUGAUCCUGGAACAAAAUUUAUUUUAUCCAACAGAAAAGGAUAAUUUUAAUGAAGUCUGUGGACAAACUCAAAAAUUUUUUUAAGCCAAGCACCCCCAAAAAAGUCUUCCAAGAAAAAAGUUAAAUAUAUUGCAUACAGUUUUCAGAAACCUCAAUACUGAAAAUUAGCUGGGUUUUAUUUUAAUAAGAAAUUGUCUCUUUUACAUAUGAAAUAUAAUUAAGUGCAUAUCUACAAGUUAGACACAGUUGUGGCUCUUUAACCAUUUGGUUAUAGUCAGAAUAAACAUGAUACAAACUCUGAAGUCAAGGAAGGACUUGAGAAAGAAGUUUUUCUAUAUUUCUACUUCUAGUACUCAGUUCUCAAAAAUGUUGAUUGAAAGGAAACAUGAUGGGAAGAAGAAUUUUCUACAUGUUGGAUAUAAGGUAUUCAUUCAAGUCCAUUUACAGGUAUAGCGUCUGUUUCUCUAUAUGCAGUGAAAACAAACAUCCAAAAUUUUGAUCUUAAGAAAUGGAAUAUGGAAAUAUUGAUGGUGUUCCCUUUGCCCCUCAAAGGGCUUUAAGAAAAGUGUGCUUCAGAAUUAUGUUCACUAUUAUGUCUAGAAUCAGAAGAUGAAAAAAUUACAGAAACUCUUCCUGUACAGUAUUGUUUCCCUUUGGUCUUGAGAAAUAGUACUGGUGAGAGUUUUGGAAAGAUGUCUUAAUAUGGAAGAACUGAAAUAUUGAUGGAAACAGAAUCUAUCCGACAUGGUUUCUAUCUCUUACUUCCCUGCACACUUGAAGAAGCCUCAACAUUCAAUUAAUAUUUCUGAAUGCUUUUUAAAUUUUUAAAUGAAUUCUUAAAAUUUUAAAGUAAGAAUUAACAUGUAUGAUGUUACUUUUGAUUUUCAAGUCAAAAGUGAAAUUAACAGUCAGAAAUUUUUAAAUUCUAUUG